AAUAUGACGAUGCCGAAACGCUAAUUGAUCCUGAUUUAAAGGAGUUGAUACGAAUUAUUGUCGGCCUGAUGAGAUUGAUGACGAAGAUUAAUUGUUUCUAUACAGAGAUGAACGGUAUUUUAAUCAUGCACGCUAUGGGAGUGCUUCACAAAGAUGCCGACGCAACGACACCGAAACCGAUUCAGCCAAAUGACACUGCCAUCUCUCGAGACCCAUUGCACGUAGGAAUAAACGACGUGGAUACAGUGAGCGACGGAAAUCCACUUCAACAAUCUAUUAAUGUAGGAUUAACAGCAACAAUGACAGUGAAGUGA